UCCAAGGACAAGCAUGACAUAUCUUUCAAUCGUAUUCGCUACUGUUUGGUUCAGCUUUGUAUUGACCUGUCCACCCACUCCUCCACCAGGAGGAGGAGGAGGAGGUGCAGGAGGAGGAGGUUCGGGAGGUAGUGGUGGAGGACAAAGUAACAAUACCGGUAAACGCGAAGUUGACGACAUCGAGGUUACCGUGGUCAGCAAUCAGAAAUUCGAUCCCGCUAUGAACGACUCACAUAUGCAAGUUUUCAAAAGCUUAUUGAAUGAUUACAUUAAAGCCAAAGGAGCAAGUUACAAUAAGGACAUGGUGCACGAGGAGAUCGUAGAUGUAGAUGGCAACUUUGCGAUUCUCUACACUCUACAGGGUUAUGACUGCGAUGGGGUGAACAACUUCUUGCAUGAAGCUAAGAGCAGCGCAAACUUUAUCAAAGACAUCAAGAUCAAGUGUGGUGGAAGACCGCAGUUUGUUGUUGCCUGAACAAUUUUCAGAAAUAAAUUAAUCGCAUGC